AGCGUAUCCCUUAAAUAAAUACGGAAUACACUCAAGAAUCAUAGUGACCAACUACAAGAGUUAAGCAAACAUAUUAAUAUGAGUAAGCACCAAAUGCAUGGAAAACAAGCAUCUAUAUGUCUUAAAAGGAAUGCAAGCUAAGGUUAAUCGAUCAACUCAUUAAAAAAAGGCAUUGGACACGUGGAGGUUUGUAAAGGGUACAACAACCAACCUUAGCUUGUUUCACAUCAGUAGUUGUACCGUUUUACUAUACAAAUGUCCCUCCUAAUUUUGAUUUAAACACAACAAUUAAUAAGAGAAAAUAUAAAAAGAAUAGGAGCUAGCUUAGCUUAGUUUGCAACAUAAGAAUCCGUUUUUAAAUUGGGUUUUUUUGUUUAUAUACAUCAAUGGGAUCCUCAUAUAAUUUGUUGGAAAAGCUUGGGUUACACAAGAUGAUCAUGAAGGUAACACCAUCCAAUAAGGCUUUAGUGAUCAGAAUCAAUGUUAUCUUGUUUGCAUUCUUUGGCAUUGGAUAUUUCACUGUUCUCCUCUGGCGGCCAUUCCCAUCGGUAUAUCAGGAUAAAGUCCUAACAUCGUCCCUUGUAAGGUGUUCCCUACGAGAAUGCCAUCACAAGGUAAGGCAGAAAGUGGUGUAAAAAUAAAAACAGUCCUGGAAGAGAAACGAUCAAAUCAAAUGAUAAGUCCUAAGAAGAGUAUAGUAAGGAGAGAAAAACCACGAUUCUUGAAGGAGAUGGGAAUAAGAGGAAUGAAAAUCGGCACAAUAAACAUGGAGGAUGAAGAUCUUAGUGAAUGGGAAGCAUAUGGAGAUACAAUAUUGAAAGUUCAAUUUGAGAAGGUCUCGGAGCUUUUCGAAUGGAAGCACCUUUUCCCAGAAUGGAUCGACGAGGAGCAAGAAAAUGAAGGUUAUGUAUGUCCGGAAGUACCUAUGCCUGUAUUUGAGGAGUAUGGAAAUAUUGAUAUGGUUGUGGCUAACUUGCCUUGUAAUUUCCCAGAGAAAGGAUGGGCAAGGGACAUGUUUAAGCUGCAAGUUCAUUUGAUAGUCGCGAACAUGGUGGUGAAGAAGGGGAGGAGGGAUUGGUAUGGGAGGACAAAGGUGGUGUUGUUGAGCAAAUGUAGGCCCAUGUUGGAUAUUUUUAGGUGUGAUGAUUUGGUAAGGAGGGAAAAAGAUUGGUGGUACUAUGAGCCAGAUAUGGUGAAGCUUGAGAAGAAAGUUGUUUUGCCCAUGGGUACAUGUACGUUAGCUUUGCCCUUGUGGGGACAAGGGAUGAAUGAGGUGUAUGAUGUAUCAAGCAUAGAAAAAAGCACAAGAAAACAAACAAAACGAGAAGCCUACGUAACAGUACUACAUUCCUCUGAGAGCUAUGUAUGUGGUGCAAUCACUCUAGCACAAAGCCUCAUUCAAACAGGAACCAAACGAGAUCUAGUUAUACUUAUCGACAAAUCCAUCUCCCUUCUAAAGCGAGAGGCUCUUGUCGCUGCCGGUUGGAAGAUUCGACUAAUUAAACGCAUUCGAAACCCACGAGCCGAGAAGGGAACCUACAAUGAGUACAACUACUCCAAGUUCAGGCUUUGGCAACUUACAGACUAUGAAAAGUUAGUCUUCAUAGACUCUGAUAUCGUUGUGCUUCGAAAUAUAGACUUGCUAUUCCAUUUCCCUCAAAUAACCGCAACUGCUAAUGAUGGCUCCAUAUUCAACUCAGGAGUCAUGGUACUCGAACCUUCAAAUUGUACGUUUCGAACCCUCAUGGGGAUUCGAAAGGAAAUCACUUCUUACAAUGGAGGAGAUCAAGGGUUCUUGAAUGAAGUUUUCGUGUGGUGGCAUCGCCUUCCUAGGCGUGUAAACUUCUUAAAGAAUUUUUGGUCUAAUUCUUCUCUAGAAAGGAGUCUAAAGAACCACUUGUUCGGCUCCGACCCGCCUGAGUUGUACUCGAUACAUUACUUGGGGUUGAAGCCAUGGCUAUGUUAUAGGGAUUAUGAUUGUAAUUGGGAUGUUGCCGAUCAACAUAUUUACGCGAGUGAUGUGGCCCACGCGAGAUGGUGGAAGUUGUACGAUUCAAUGGAUAUUAAGUUACAAAAGUUUUGUGAGCUUACUAAGCUAAGGAAAAGGGAUUUGGAAUGGGACAGAAAUAAAGCCUAUAAGUCCAAACUUAAUGGGGAUCAUUGGAAGAUUAAUAUUACUGAUAAUAGAAGAUUUGUUUAGCAAAAUUUAUUGUAAUUAAGUUAAUGCCCUUUUUGGUAGUACUGACAUUUAUUAUACCAUUAUGGUAUCACAGAUAUAUAAUCAUGGCAUUUGUUUGGCUUUGUAAAA